AUGGCGACGCAGGAAGCAGCGAAGUCAAGCGAGUCACCUAAAAAACCUUGCACAUCAUCAACAUGGAACGAGGAUCUUGAGCACAUCAAUCGUGAGGAAGAUAUUUGGGAGGACGACGAUGACGCAGGAGACAACGAGACAUUCUGCAGUCCGAUUACGACAGAAUUCUCCCGAAAUGCAUGGAAAGACGAGAAUCGACGAUCUGUGGAAACGCCGCUCUUGCAAACGAGCUUUUCGCGAAGGUUAUCCGACAGGUUCCAGGAACGGUUCCAAGAGCGACGGAGAAGUGGGACCUUCCUAGCUGAGAGCAGGAUUCCGCGCUUGAGCUUUGACGCUGCAUCACCUGUACGAACGCCGAGGACUUGGCAGAACUUGUCAUGGGGUAUGGCGCCUACCCCAACCACUCCUAGCUUGCCUAAACCCUCGGCGUUUCCCAAAGCGGCUCUCCCGAACAAGAAACCGAGUACACCGGCGCCAGCUGACGACCGAAGCCCUUUUUCGCAUAUAUGGGAACAAUGGAGCCAAGCAUGCCAUACGAUCCUUGUCGUCCUAGGUGUAUCGGCGCCAUCAGAGUUUAUGGAAGAGGCACUACGCUCUUCUUCCGCACCAAUGGGUUUUGUAGAGCCAAACCCUUCGACAGCGUCUGCAUCCUAUACCACCAAUACCGAUGCAGCGACGGCGGGAGGAACGCCACCAAAAGCUUCACCAUCGCUUUGGAAUCAGUUGAUGGAGGAGGUGUUGCUCACAAGCAACGAAAGCAUGCAAGAGUUCAAAUGGGAGCGUGUAUCGAACUUCAUCGCCAUGCCAGUGUGGAUCGAGAAGCUGAUGUGCAUCGGUGUGCUUGUGAGUCUCAACGCGUACCUGUACAUGGUAACGAUCUUACCACUGCGCUUCGUCGUUUCAUGGAUUCGCUGGGGCUACAACACUCUUUUGUGGUUCAAGUCACGACAGAAACUGUACCUGAAUGUGUCAAACAAGUGUGACAUACUCAAGGGCUUGCUUGUUAUACAGACAUGCUACAUUCUCUCGCGCAUCGCAGAUGCAAGCAAAAUGUACCACAGUGUGCGUGGCCAAGAUACCCUGAAAUUGUCGGUCAUUUUCAGUGUGUUAGAGAUCAGCGACCGUCUGUGUAGCUCAUUUGGGCAAGAUGUGCUUGAUACAUUGUUUUCUCGGCGAACACUCGCGAGGCGCAGUGAUGGGUCCCAUGCAUACCUGCGGAUUGCUGGAUACUACACGCUGUGCCUCGCGUACAUUGUGUUUCACACAUUUGUGCUCCUCUACCAGCUUGUGACGCUCAAUGUGGCGAUCAAUAGCUACGACAACCAGCUAUUGACCCUCUUGCUUUCGAACCAGUUCGUCGAGAUCAAGACAACAGUCUUCAAGCGCUUUGAGAAAGAAAACUUGUUCCAGCUGGCAUGUGCCGAUAUCGUGGAGCGGUUUCAGCUGUGUGUUGUGCUCGCGGCGAUUGGAUUGCGCAAUCUGCUUGAGUUGUCUGGCGCCUUUGCCAUGGGUGGGACGGGUGCUAUGGGCCCACUGCCGACGAGCUUUGAGCUCUAUCCCUACGUGAACGUGUUUUUCCGCACGCUGAAUCCCGUGCUGACUGUGCUUCUUAGCGAGGUUCUCGUGGAUUGGCUCAAGCAUGCAUUUAUCGCGAAACAGAAUCACCUCCGACCUGCCUUGUAUGGCCGCUUUGUCGAUGUGCUUUGCCGAGAUAUCCUGCCUCCUCGCUCGUCUGUGGCUCUCGAUGGACACACACAGCGUCAGUCAUCGUUUGUGGACCAGAGUCCCCUCGCGAUCCGUCGUCUGGGCCUCGCUGUCCUCCCGCUCGCGUGCGUGUCCAUCCGCAUGGCUAGCCAGAUUGUGUCGAUGCUCUUGGUCAAGGACGUCCAUACCUCGUCUGACCCUCAACGUGCGGCUCGCGCCACAGCUGCAGCUUCCAGCACUGCAUACCACCAGCGAGGCUGGCUCCGGCGAUGGACCGAGCAACAUAGUCAAGCGUGCAUGGUCUGCCUGGGCCUGGUAUUCGUAUGGCUUGCGUUGGUCUUGCUCAAGCUCCUGCUUGGCGCGUACCUUGUCUCGUACGCCAUGCGUCAAUAUACGUCGUGGCAGGGGCGCGAGGCGGAAGAGAAGCGCAAUGCAAAGGGCCGUCCGCCCAUAGGAGAGACGCCUGCUGAAAUGGUGCACAAUGCACAAGUGGCCGACAUGGUCGAUAAGCGAGACGACAACGCCACGAAAGUCGGUCUUUACGGUCAGCAGCAGGCAUCGGGACGUGGCGCGAAAAAGGGUGAUAUCUCGCUCCUAGACGUACAGCGGUACUCGCUUGUUGGCUCCCGACUGUGGUAG